AUGGCAGCAGCAGCCGUUCAAUCAUCUACCGGGCUCGGCCCCAAUCUGGCACAGAAGCCAUCAGUCUUGGUUUCCGACAAGCCUCAUCACGUCCAAACGACUCUCAACUUCCUCAAGGAGAACGAAGAUGGAUCUCCACCUAGUCCGAGCUAUGUGGGUAAGCCCGAGACAUACGAGAAGCCGACUGUUCAAGUCGCAACUACUGUUCACGAUAUCAGUGGCCACGAGCUAGACUAUUCCCUGGAUAGCCAUGGGUUCCAGCUUUACUAUCACAAGAGCAAGGAGAUUGACUUCAUUGACGACGAGAAGAUUAAGAGGGAAUAUUACCCCGAGACAGAGCAGUUGUUGAAGGAUGCUACGGGUGCUUCCAAAAUCUUCAUCUUCGACCAUACUAUCCGCCGUCCAGCAAAGGACGGUUCACCUCCAAAUACCCUCCGCGGACCUGUCCAGCGCGUACACAUCGAUCAAUCCUACUCCGCAUCCAAGAACCGAGUCUCCCACCACCUCCCUGACGAGGCACCCGAACUCCUGAAAGGGAGAUACCAGAUCAUCAACGUCUGGCGACCUAUCAAGACGAUUCUGAAAGAUCCCCUCGCAGUCGCUGACGCACAUACCGUCCCGGACAGCGAUCUGAUUCCCAUCGGACUGAUCUAUCCGGACCGGGCGGGUGAGACUUAUGGUGUGAAGCCCGAUCCGAAUAUCAAGUGGUAUUAUCGCUAUGGACAGACUCCUGAUUUGGUGACAUUGAUUAAAUGUUUUGAUUCGAAGACGGAUGGGAGGGCUCGGCGUGUGCCGCAUACGGCGUUUGUGAAUCCUGAGACAGAGGGUGAGUCUGGGAGGGAGAGUAUUGAGGUGAGGGCGUUGGUUUUUCAUCCGGAUGAUCGUGAGUAG